AUGAAAAUAAAUGGUAUACCACAUGGGGAGAAAGUUAUAUUAGAAAUCAAUUCAUCAUUCUUUGACGUUAGUCAACGUUAUGAAUUAACUACAAUGAAUCUAACUGAAAGAUUAACUUUAAAAAUGAACAUUGAUUUAGACGAAAAUUAUUUUUCUAGUGCAUUUCAAUUAGCAAGUCAAUAUUUAAUAAUCUAUGAAAAUGAUUUCUAUCUUUUAAAUGAUCUUUAUAAUCCACGGUUUAAUUUAGUUGGUCUCACUCAAACAUCAUUUCUGAUUAGUAUAAUUCAUUAUUAUCGGUUAAUCUUAAAUUAUAUUGAUAAAGAAUUACUCUAUGCUAAAGCAAUUGAUUUCUCACAGAAAAUCUAUUCAACGAUUUCAACACAUCUAUUCAAAUAUCAAGUUUUCUAUCCUGAACCAGGCAAUGUGUAUCUCGAUGACUACAUUUCUUUAUUGAUUCAAUUAUCUUCGCGGUCAAAACUAAUCACUUAUCAAACAUAUCAUCUACUUCGACAUUUGAUGACAUUUAUGUCCGUUUCAUUGCCUGACACGUCACCCUCUUUCCUUAAAAAGCUACUUGAUCUUUGUACGAAUUUACGUACAUACAUAACCAGUCCAAAAUCAAUACCAAUACCAACAAUAGUUGACGCCGAUAGUUUAUUCGAGUUUAAUCAAAUAAUUGGCCGGAUACUCAUCAUGAUUCAUACUGAAUUAACAUUAAAUGGGCAUUUCAAUGGAUCGGUGUCACAAGUUAACAAUGCUCCACUCGAUUUUAUUGUUAAUAUGGCACCACCAUUCAUGACACAACGUUGGCAUCUAAAAUUUGACUCAUCAUCAACGUACUCUCAUCAUUACAGCACUCACAAUCAAUCACUUGCAAAAAGUUCAUCACGUGUGGUGACUAACUCUUUGGGUAUAUUAUACUAUCCUCAAGAGUAUCUUCCAUUUUAUGUUAAAACAUCUACAACGACUUCAACAGAUUAUCUUCUUGGUCAACUAUUAUCCAUUGAAUCAAAUUAUAAUCUAACAUUAAAUUAUUCUACAUCUGUGUCAUUUUCUCUUCAUCAAUCGUAUCUGCACACGUCGAAUAUAUUACAAAAAUAUUUUUCAAAAAUCUUAUUAAUCCGUAUAAAACAAAAUCAUUAUUCGCAUAAAUUUUCAUUUCAAAUGAAUACAACAAACCUAGCAAGAAAUAUUUCCUUGGUCUUUUUCGACCUACCAAAUUCUCAACAUUAUUUAUUUACAAUUCAUAUUGCUUAUAACAAUUCGUGUUUAAAAUCGAAAAUUAUCAAUAAAAAAUAUCUUGAAUAUAUAAUUAACGUUGAUCUAUGGCAAAAUAAUUAUUUUGUUUAUUCAAUACCGAUUACAUCAAUGUCAAUCGUAUGCGCACAAGUUGAACUUACUACAAAAGAUGUAUCAAUUCGAAAUUUAAAACGAACAGGACAUUUCCUUGUUUUUGAAACAGGUUGUUAUUCGUUCGAGAAAAAUAUUUAUGAAGAUUAUUAUACGAAGUUGCAAGAUGAUACAUGUCAAUUAGUGAAUGAAAAUAAAACUCAAUUGAGUGAUAAUUUAGAAUUAUCUAAUGCUCAUUUAACAUGCUAUUGUGAAACACCUAGUACAAAAUAUUUUGUUUUAUGUCAACCGAAGCCUAUCCUUGUCGAAUUUGAAUUAAAUGCUCAAACUUGGCUUCAUUUUUACAUUUAUCUUUCGGUAUUACUCUUCAUUUUUCUUCUACUCGGUAUCUACGCCAUUUAUAAAGAUACAUCAGAUGAUUAUAAACCCUACGUCUAUUUUGUCGCUGAUAAUCAAGUAGGUGCUGUUAAUGUUCAUAUUUAUCAAUUAACAAUAUUUACUGGUCUUCAACAAUCAACAUCUAAACAUCUGAAAAUUAAUAUUCGUUUAAUCGGUGACAAAUGCUAUGAUGAAUCACAUUGUUUAAAUUUAAAUCUAUCAAAUGUAUUUCAACGUGGUAGUGUCAAUCAAUUUGUAAUAACGUCUUUUGUCGAUAUAGGUCGAAUCGUUGCUUUGAAUAUGUGGCAUGAUGAAAUUAAUUUAAAAUCAGAUUAUUAUAUACGUCAUUGUAUACUAUACGAUUAUAAUUAUCAUCGAACAUAUUACUUUUGUUGUUACACGUGGUUAUCAUUACGAAAAGGUUUAAAUGUGAUCAAUGAAAUAUUUUACGUAGCACAAGAAGUUGAUCAAUAUGCAUUUGGCCAUUUGUUUCUUUCGACAUACGCUUGGCUUUAUUACCAUUAUCAUUUAUUAAAUUCAAUAUUUAAUAAACAAAAAAUCAAUACAUUAUCAAGAAUCUAUCGAUUACAUAUCUAUUUCUGUUUAAUUAUUCUUCAACUUUAUUGUAUUCAAACUCUUAUUAUAUCAUGUCGAAAUAUAAUGAUCAAUCAACGAUGUGCUUAUAUUUUCCCAUCGUUUUCAUUUUUAGUUGAUCAAUCAUUCGUCGCAUCGGAUUGGAUGGAAAUCUAUCAAAUAAUUCGUCUCAAUUUAUUUCCAUCACUUUUCAUUGCUCUAUUCCUCAGCGCCAUGAUUGGCAUUCUAACGCCCAUGUUGAUAUGGAGUUUAACAUGGUUUACAAAUCGACUUGAACUCUAUCGACAACUAGCAAAUGCUACAACAGAUUUUAAAAAGUUUGAUAAUUUACAUUCUAUUAUGUAUACAAUGGCAUCGAGUUUAGCUGAUUUAAAUGCAUAUCGUCAAGAUAUCGAACAAUUUAAUUUUAUUCAUAAAUUUGAUUUACAACAUCGUUUUAGUAUUAGUACAUUGGGAGAAAGUGAACAGAUGAGUUCACAAGCAGAUAGUCAAAGUGAACAAAAUAAUAAUGCUUCCAAUAGUCGACUAUCUAAAUCAGAAUCUAAACUAAGUUCACGUUCGUCUGCAACAAAAAAUCGGCAAAGGGAAACUGAAACAUCAAUUACUGAUAAAAUUUCACGACGAAAUAAAAAGGUCGAUGAUGAUGAUGAUGAUGAUGAAUAUUCAUUAUCAAAUGAUAGUUCUCAAUCGAGCGCAUUAGAACAAAAUAAAACUUCAUCAACUAUUCCAUUAAAAGUCUAUUGGCCAAAAGGUCCUGAUCAACCAUCAUUUUACUACUAUGUAUUCUAUUCAAUUAUGUUUUAUGGAAUAUCCAUCAUUUUUGGUAUAUUAUCGAUUGCAUGCAUGUAUUUUACAAUGAAAACAUUUACUGAAAUUGAAAAUUAUUUUUUAACAUCAGCUAUUAUAUUUAUUCAUAUAUUAACUAUAAUAUUUACAUUGGUAUUUGAAAUAAUUGUUAUUCUAUUGAUAUCAUUACUAAAUGCAACAUUUUUUCAUAUCACAGAUGAAGAGAAAUUUUUCUCACGUGUCAUUCAAAUUCCUACUGCCAACAUGAUUGAUAUUAAAUCACAUCAAUUGAGUCAUACAUUUACACUUAAUCAAGAUAUAACACUAACCGACGUACAAUUACGUGAACGUAUUCGUGAACGUUUUGUUGAAUCGUCAAUUAUUCGUGCUGUUAGAGAUGUUAUCGGUUAUAUUUUAUUUAUGGUUAUUAUGAUUUUAGUCUUUGCAAAUACAUCAAAAAAUAUUGAAACACAUUUAACAAUGAGACAAUAUACAUUACAGCUACUUCUUCGUGGAGAUAUUUUUCAAAAUAUUGAUCACUUACCUGAUACUAUGGAUUGGAUCAGUUAUUUUAUUGAGAACCGUCUUUUUCUUGAUCACAAAGAUUACUUGUGUCAAAAAGAUACCUGCAAUUAUGUUCAAAUUCCUGAUUCACCCUUGUACUUAAGUAAAAGUAUUCGUAUACGUCAAAUUCGUGUUGAACGUAAAGAUUGUCAUCCAAGAAUAAACAAUCUAUUUUAUCCUUUAAUACCACCAAGUUGUUUUGUUGGUGGCAAGGAUUUAAUGAAUGAUAAAUUAUUUGUUAUUGGUGGUCAACGAAAAUGCUCCGGUUGGAACGAAUCAUUAUCAUAUCGUUUUUGUAAAGAUGUUUGUAACUAUACAUCAAUAUGGUCAGCAUUAGCCUAUAGAAAAAUAACAAAACUUUACACAACCUUUGAAUCACCAUGGUAUUUUAUGCUUCAUUUAUUACCAAAGGAAACAGUAGGUUUAACCAAGAAAAUAUUUAUUUACAUCCGUUUAGUAUUUCUCAAAAAGGUUGAACGCUGUAAUCGUAAAAGAAAAUAUUACGAUUUGGAUAAAAAUAAUUGGUUUGACGAGAAAACAUUAGUUGUAAUUAUUGAAGGAAAUUUAUAUUCUCCACAAACAGCGUCAAUGAUUUCAUUUGUUUUAAUUAUUGAAAAAAAUCCAUUUGGAAUGAUUGAAAAAGAGAUAUUUAUUCAAGUAUCAGAUUAUACAUUAGCAACAAUUGACCAAAAUAAAUCUCAAAGCAAUAACACUGGAAAAAUACUAGCAAACGAAAAUGAUAUAGGAAGUCAAUUCAUUAAAAUAAAUUUUUAUUUUGCUGCUUUACUAUUUGUAAUCUUUACAACAAAAUUAUUCGAUCUAGCAAGAUUUACUCGGAAUUUUGGUUUUUAUGGUUUGGUUUUUUUUCUUCGUACAUUAUCAAAUAUAGUCGAUGGUAUAUUAUUAAUACUCUGUUGCUAUUAUUUUCUAUUAGUUCAUUUCGAUCUUAAAGUUUUACAAUUUAAUAAUCUCAUACAAUCAUUAAAUGUUCAUCAUUUAUUUGUAUCAUUUCGUGUUCUAAUUGUUAAUAAUACAGUUUUAAAUCAUUUAAUGGGUUUAAUAUGUUUAUUUGCUAUAUUUAAAUUACUUUAUUUACUUAGAUUUAAUCCUAAAACAUACUUACUAGCUGAAACAAUCUAUCAAUCAGCUAAAGGUUUUAUCAUCAUAUUAUGUUUUGCGUUUCUAAAUUAUUUAAUAUUUACAUUAAUCGGUCGUUUACUGUUUUCAAAUGAAAAAAAUUUCAAAACAUUUUUCGUUGCUUUCCGUGUUGUAUUAAUAUCAUCGAUAAGAGAUGCUGAACCAACCGAUAAUGUUAUAUUUGGUUCAAUAUCAAGAGGUUUAUGGCAAUUUUUUCUUUGGGUUUUUUCAGCGAAAAUUAUUGAAUAUUUUCUAAUAUCAUUUGUUGUGCAAAAAUUUUCCAAUAUAAGAAAAACUCAUCAAUUAACAGACGAAGAAAGAAUUGUCGGAAGAAUAUUUCAAACAUUUUGGACUUAUUUUGCUUUUAAUAAAAAGAUAUAA